GCCUGGGCGACUGCUUGCAUCGACGGCGAAUCAUAGGCAUUCAAGCCCUCUCCGCCAUCAUUCGCUGGCCCAACCCAAGCACGGCAAGUUUACGCUGUACCCGACAGAUAGGCGUGCAUGCGUACCACACGGUCGCGCUUCGCCAUGCGCCUGUUGCGAGAAACGGCGGUUCACGUUCCCCGCUCAUGGCUUGUAGUCACGACAGGGGGGGGGAGGAGCAAGAUUAGCAAGUGACCUUGAUAUAAUGCAUACCAGCGUCGCUUGUUGUCCAGCUGUGCAUCCAGUUUUCAGUCUGUUUUUCAGCUCGUGCCUAACGCCUUUGCUAAUUCCACGUUGUUUCAGCGAGCCGAAUAGCCAGGCACCGGUGCCGUGGGACCAAUCCAUGCUGAGCUAUGUCAUCGAUACACAAGCGCGCCAUUGCGGACGAGCCAGUCACGAGCGUCCUGCCUAAUGGCGAUGUGCCUUAUGAUCCGAAUCAUCAAUUCAACCCCGAUGAGGGGGUUCUAGCAGCGUUGGGUUACAAGAGUGAAUUCAAGCGAGAGUUUAGCUUGUUUACCACGUUCUGUGUGAGCUUUGCGGUGCUGGGACUAUUGCCCAGUUUCGCGAGUACAUUGUACUAUGGUAUGGGCUAUGCAGGGACCGCUGGUAUGGUUUGGGGAUGGAUGAUAGCCAUGAUCGGGAUCCAAUGCGUGGCCUGCAGUAUGGCAGAGCUAUGCAGUGCUAUGCCAACAAGUGGAGGACUGUACUAUGCUUCGGCAGUGCUUGCACCGCAAGGCUGGGGACCAUUCGCUGCGUGGAUUACAGGUUGGAGUAACUGGCUUUCUCAGGUCACUGCCGCGCCAUCCGUAAAUUACGGCAUCUCAGCCAUGAUCCUGGCCGCUGCAUCUAUCCGCGAUCCGACCUACAUCCCCACCGAUUACCAAACCUUUCUGCUGACGGUCUUUAUCAUGAUUUUGCACGCCGUCAUGUCCUCACUUCCAACCCGCUGGCUAGCACAGAUCAACUCCGGUGGAUCAUCAUUCAACUUCAUCGCUCUCAUAGUCGUUCUCAUCUUAAUCCCAGCCGGCACAGACCGUGAAGAGCGCGGCCUUCCCAAGUUCGCAUCUUCUCGUGAAGUAUGGGGCACGAUCUACGAGGGCACAUCUUUCCCAGCAGGCAUCUCUGUACUCAUGAGCUUUAUCGGUGUCAUCUGGACAAUGAGUGGAUAUGACAGUGCUUUUCAUCUUGCAGAAGAGUGCUCGAAUGCAAACAUGGCUUCUCCACGCGCCAUCGUUCUGACUUCUGCCACCGGCGGCAUCUUCGGGUGGUUCUUGCAGCUGGUAGUUGCAUACACCGUUGUCGACAUCGAUGGCGUACUCAAUUCAGACCUAGGACAGCCGUUCGCUGCGUAUCUCAUGCAGUGCAUGUCCGAGAAGAUGACCCUCGCUAUUCUCGCUUUGACCAUCAUUGCAGGAUUUUCGAUGGGCCAGGGCUGCAUGAUUGCUGCGAGUCGAGUCACAUUUGCGUACGCGCGUGAUGACUGCUUCCCCUUCAGCAACGUCUGGAAGCAGGUCAACAAGCGCACGCAGACGCCCGUCAACGCUGUGUGGCUUAAUUGUGCAGUCGGCAUUGUUUGUCUACUGCUCAUCUUCGGCGGAGAGCUCGCGAUUGGCGCGCUGUUCAGUAUCGGCGCCAUUGGUGCUUUUGUUGCCUUCACAACACCAAUCUUCAUCCGCGUCUUCUUUGUCGGCAACCGCUUCCGCCCCGGCCCAUGGAAUCUCGGACGUUUCUCGAUCCCCACUGGCUUCGUCGCCUCCGCGUUCGUCAUACUCAUGGUGCCCAUUCUGUGCUUUCCUAGUGUUACAGGCGCAGAUCUGCAUGCAGACGCUAUGAACUGGACGGCGGUUGUCUACGGCGUGCCAAUGCUUUUAGCGAUCGUCUGGUGGUUCGUCUCUGCACGAAAGUGGUUUAAGGGCCCGAAGGUCAAUGUUGCACACAUGAUGCAUAGCGAGGAGCAGCAGAUUCUUGAGGGUCAGAAUGUACAGAGGUCGGUCUCGGGAGGCUCAGGAAAUGGGCUGCCGGAGAAGCUCCAGAGGGUGGUAUCUCCAUCGGUCUGACGUAGGAAUUGAGUCGUACAUCUGAACUGGAUGGUCAC